AUGGCGACAAGCCGCACGCGCGCAGCCACGCCCACGGAGGCCAUUAUUCAAUUUGUGCUCCACGCACUGCACCACUUGACGGGCUUGCCGCUGCUCAUGGUGAACCAGCCAGACCACAACUUGCCGUGCUUGACCCGAACAGACAUGAUUGAAACUCAGAUGCGAGCCGACCAGAAGAACGCAGAGCUACUGAACAGCCCCAACAGACUUAAGGCCAAUUUUCCCGAGUGGAGUGACAACGAAGCUCCAGAGGAGGAAAUGAGCACCUUGUCCUCGGAUGAAGAAGAGUUCGACAAACAGCACACCAAGAAGCAUGUUACAGACGUCGCAUCCGCUAGCACAGCACAGAACCAGCUCUUCGACGGGCUGCAGUUCUACCUGGCCGUGAGUCAGGUACGCGAGCGCACAGUCAAAUCCGUGCUGGCACAGGGCAUGGCCAAGACUUUGACGACGCUGCGGGACCGCAAGCAGAACGAGUCCAUUGCAGUAAUCGAGCAACGAUAUCCCGACUUCACUUGCUUACCGAUUCCUACAAAACACACAGCAGUACAGCAGCUUUCCAGAGCGGAGCAACCGCCUUUGGACUUGCUCGCAGCGCUACGGCUUCCGUCGGCAGCAGCCGUAGCACAGAGUCAAUCGCCUUUGAAGGGACCUGUAAGAGCCCACCUCGCUGUAGACGAAGAGGGACGCGUACGCCGUCCAUCGCUACCUUCACAUGACAACAACAACUCGCGGGUUGCCUAG